AUGGCAGACGAAUACUUUGGCGUAAAUCGUGACCCAAUUAUUGACAGUCUCAUCAUUGAUAUCGCAUUUUACGGGGAAUUUGGGCGUUGUUUUAGUGUGAAUACGGCAAACCACCAUGAUCUAUCUGGGCCACCUUCUCGGCGACUCACGAGCAAUCGUGAAACGGGUCCAGGUUGGAUAGGAUUUCGAGUACUGGAGGACGUUCAGCUCUAUCUGCACGAUGAAUACAGCGUACCACAUGCAUAUGUCGAUCGCUCACUGCGGGAAACUGUGCUGUGGGGCAUGCGUAAGGAGAUCGUGGUACGUGUGAUAGAGAUGGAAAACAAAGAAACGGUGCACGAUCUGCCGAUUUGGCGUCGCAAUUGUCGUUUCCCUUGGGAAACUGUCGAUAAAGGAAUCGAAACACUUGAAUCUCAAAUGUGUUCCUUCGAAGGGCUCACCUGCCUCACCGAACAUUCGGCGGAAAUUGCUCAGGCUCGUAAACAAUGUGACUGCCUAUCAUCCUGCGUUGAAUCAGAGUACUUCGUAGUACACAAAUCUGAAGAGUAA